AUGAACUCCCUAGAAAGGAAGCUGAAGCUGCUCAAUUACAACCCCGUGGAUAUAGGGAAGGACGAGUUCUACUAUAUGAUAUUAAAAUUGGAAGAAGAGAAAAUCCGUCUGUACAAACCAAAGGAGAGGGAAAAAAUUAACUACACAAAAGAAAAGAACUACAUCGAGCAUAUUUUGAAAUACCUAAAAAAGCUGAACAUCAAUGUGCGUAAUGUUAACAAAACGAAUAUACACGAAGUGGGUGUCAGGACGUACAUCCUGAACAGCCUGGCCACCCUGGCUCUGAUCGAUGAGUAUAAGGACCGGAUAGGUUACGACGAGGGUUGCCAACAGCAAAGUGAUGACCAAAAUGAUGUGCAGCACGGGGAUGGCGUGAACACCCCCCUGCCGAACCAAAGCAUAAUCGCAAACUUCUUCGAAUUGAAUUAUCAGAAUCAGGCCGAGCUGGAAGAGCAGCAAAAACGAAGAAACAAUCUGAUCGUGAUAAACGAACAGAUUAACGAAAUAUUUAAAAAGUGUGACAUCCCUUUACUGGUAUGUAACGAGCAGGAUGAUGCCAAGUGGAUCUUAUUCAAUUUUAACAUAAAAUUGACCAACACGGAUUUGAAAGACUUUGCUUACAUCACGAGGUAUUUACUUAACAGUGUGCUGAAGGAGAGGGAGGCCCACCUGAAAGGGGUCCUAAACGACAUCCAGAUGUUAACGUACAACCCGGUUAUAGACAUACGGCAGGGGAAAGUGGGCAGGUGA